CACCCGUCGGAGAUUCGCCGCACGCGCCACGCACGCUUCCCUCUCCUUCCACUUCCACCUCCACACGGGACGACCUCUCUCUCUCUCUCUCUCUCUCGUCUUCUUCCUCCUCGCCACCCGCUACCCCGCAAAGCAAAGCACACGCGUCACCACUCACUCACAAGUCACAACUCCGACGAGACCCAACCCAACCCGGGAAGGCGAUGAAGGGCGGGGUCAUCAGGAGCGGCGGCGGCGUCGGCGGCAUCGGCGUCGGCGGCGGCGGCGGAGGCGGGGGAGCCGGCGGGGGGCUGAUGCGCACGCGGCUGCGCCUCCCCGUCGUGCUCCUCUCCUGCUCCCUCUUCUUCCUCGCCGGCUUCUUCGGCUCCAUCCUCUUCACCCAGGAUCCGCAGGGGGAGGAGGAGCUCGACACGCCGAUGAGGAGGGAGCGGCUGAUGGAGGCGGCGUGGCCCGGAAUGGCGUAUGGCGAGUCCGGCGAGCCGGAGCCGUCCUUGAUCCCUUACCAGAUUUUGAGUUGGCAACCUCGUGCACUAUAUUUUCCACAAUUUGCAACAUCGCAACAGUGCGAAAAUAUUGUAAAAACUGCUAAACAAAGGCUUAUGCCAUCGACAUUGGCUUUAAGGAAAGGAGAAACUGAGGAGAGCACCAAAGGAAUAAGGACAAGCUCAGGCACAUUUCUAAGUUCUGAUGAAGAUCCAACCGGAACCCUUGCUGAAGUUGAAAAGAAGAUUGCAAAGGCCACCAUGAUCCCUAGACAUCAUGGGGAGCCCUUUAAUAUCCUGCGCUAUGAGAUUGGACAGAGGUAUGCUUCGCAUUAUGACGCAUUCGACCCAGCUCAGUAUGGUCCACAAAAAAGUCAAAGGGUCGCGUCUUUCUUGCUUUAUCUCACGGAUGUUGAAGAAGGCGGAGAAACCAUGUUCCCAUAUGAGAACGGGGAAAACAUGGAUAUAGGGUAUGACUAUGAAAAGUGCAUUGGCUUAAAGGUUAAACCAAGGAAGGGUGAUGGUCUCUUGUUUUACUCCCUUAUGGUAAAUGGCACCAUUGAUCCGACAUCUCUUCAUGGUAGCUGCCCAGUGAUCAAAGGAGAAAAAUGGGUCGCCACAAAAUGGAUUAGAGACAAGAGGCAAGAAAAUUUGCUGCUAUGGGUGACCUGAUCUUCUGCAAGUCUUUGGAGGAGCUGGCUUGUACUUUCUCAACUUGUACGGCACGUCGAUUAGUCUGAAUAGCUUCCUCUGGGCCAGGGGCAGGUGCAUAUUCGCAAGAUGUAUAUGGUACUAUCGUCCAGCAUCUCCAUCGCUCUAAUGUUUUUUCGUCUCACUAAUCACUAUGAGAUGGCUUUCUAGUGGUCCAAUUUUUGUCCUCUCUGGAAGAAAAUAAAUGGAGAAGAAAGGAUUUCAUGUAGUAAAUGCAUUCUGAGAUCUAUGGACUAUGGUACAAUGCAUCACAAUAAGUAAAAUAUUAAGAGGACCUUCGAUCAAAA